AUGGAGAUUACUCUCCAUGCCAGGGGCCCUGUGGACUGCAGGGAGGUACUCCCUGGAGGAUUCAGGAUCAGGCCCAUUGUGAAUCUGUCGUCUCAAGUAAGCUGUAGAUAAAUUCUGAUGCUAUGAAAUUCUCCUCCCCGUCUCCCUCUGUUCUUCACUGGAGACUUUGCUUUUCCUUUUUUUUAUCGCUUUAAUGGCUAUUUUUUACGUAAGCUGUGGAUAAAUUCUGACGUUAUGAAAUUCUCCUGCCCGUCUCCUUCAGUUCUUCAGUGGGGACUUUUUUUUUCGUUCUUUUAUCGCUAUAAUGACUACUUUUUACGUAAGCUGUAGACAAAUUCUGAUCCUAUGAAAUUCUCCUGCCCGUCUCCUUCAGUUCUUCACUGGGGACUUUGCUUUUCGACUUUAUUGCUAUUAUGCAUUUUUUUUACGUGAGCUGUAGAAAAAUUCUGAUGCUAUGAAAUUCUCCUGCCCGUCUCCUUCACUUCACUGGGGCACUUUGCUUUUCGUUCUUAUUUCUAUUUUCUACGGACGUGAAGCAUAUUUUCUUAUUUUUACAGAUUUCUGGUGAGCAGAUGGUGCAAAAUUUUAAUAUUUAAUGGACAGCUUUUGUUGCCAUAUUGGUUGUGGUUGUGGUGGAAAACCUUUUUCGCAGAUUUUUCUUGAUUUGUUUGUCAGAAAUGAGCGAGAGCUGCUGUCGCUUUGUAUCUCUGUGUGUGUUUGAUCGAGUCCUACAUCUUUCAGCGUCCUCUUUCUUCUGGGAUAGUUCUUCUAAAUGCGAGAGGUAAUUUAUACAUUUCUGGUGCUUGAGAUAUGAUCAUGAAUUCUCUUCGCUUUCAGUUGAUUAGUAGAGACAGAAUCUUUAGCAUCUCCAUUUUUUCUGACCGUGAUGGAAGAACGCCAUGCCACCAUUACUGUUUGGCGCUCCUAUUUCUGGGAAUGAUCUACGUGCUUAUGCAUCGUAAAUUAUUUUAAUGAAUUGAAGUAAAGAUUUUUAAGAUAUUUCUUUGAAUUGACCUUGAUGGCCUUGAUGUCAAGGGUGAUAUUUUGAAUGUGUUCCUUCUCUUCUGUUUUCAUCUCUGUGUUCCAGUCUCCCACAUGUUGUAGACAAAUCCCCCAAAUGAGAGCUCUACCUCGCAUGACAGCAAGCUCAGGUGAGCACCCACGCUGGUGGCAUGGUAUAAAAAAUUGUGCCAAUCCUGGUCCCUUCACAACAGAUUACUUGCAGACUACCCGAGGCGGCGUUCAAGGAGGAGUUUGAUCCCAAAGACCAACCGUUCCACCCCCAGAGGAUUUUCUCCAGGACAACAAAUUGGGACGAGCACACAGAAAAAGGACCAGGAAGCAAUAGAAGAUGGCGACAUGGUUUCUAGAUCUAGUGAAAAAACUAUUCUGGAGACAAAGAGUGUCACAGUCAGCUCAUUUGUUCCCACGCAAAAGAACACAGAUGAUUUGGAGGAAGAAAUUGAAGGCACUGAAUCUGUAGAAGGGAAGGUAUUAUCCUCAAAUCCCACUAAAAUUUCCAAUCGGAUUGAUACUGAUGAGUUGGAGGGUGAUAAAAUUGUUGAGAAGGAGGAUGAAAACAUUGCCAGGACAGACAACAUGGUAGAUGAAAAGGGGGACAAAGUAAGUAAUCAUGACGGAAUUGGACGGGAAGUAUCACCGGUAGAAGAAGAGGAUUCAAUGUCAAUUAUCUCCAGUGAAACGGGAAAGACAGAAUCAUUACAACAAACGGUGUUCGAUGUUGAGGAUCAGACGGAAAAUAUUCUAGGGGACAUGAAAGGCCUUAAAGAUAAUGGUGUGGAUGAAGAGAAAGUUGUCGAGGAGUCAUCAGAGGAAGAAAGGACGACUGGUCACGUAGAAAACGUUAUAGAUUUAAGUGUCGAAGAAGAAACAGUUGUUGAGGCAAAACCAGAGAUUGAGGUGGACCCAGAAAUACACAAACAGAUUCUAAAUAAAACUUUGGAUGAAGAGCAGGUUGUUGAUAGGUCGUCAGAGGAAGAAAGGAUGACUGGUCACAUAGAGAACGUUGUAGAUUUAAGUGUUGAAGAAGAAACGGUUGUUGAGGUAAAACCAGAGGAUGAGGUGGACCCAGAAAUACAGAAACAAAUUCUAAAUAAAAUUGCUGAGGAAAACGUUUCCAGUGGGAAGAAGAUCUUUUUUUAUCCACAAGUGAUGAAAGUUGAUCAGCCUUGUCAAAUUUUUCUUAACCGAAGCAUAUCUGCCCUUGUAAAUGAAUCAGAUAUUUCUAUUAAGGGAGCUUUCAAUGAUUGGAAAUGGAAGUCUUUUACUGAGAAACUGCACAAGACCGACCUUCAUGGAGAUUGGUGGUCUUGCCAAAUUCAUGUUCCUAAAGAGGCAUACAAGAUGGAUUUUGUGUUCUUCAAUGGUGGGAGUAUAUAUGAGAAUAAUGACUUCAAGGAUUUUCAUAUUGACAUAGAGGGUGAAAUGAAUGCAUCUGCAUUUGAAGAGUUUUUGGUUGAAGAGAAACGAAGGGAACUUCAGAAACUUGCAGAAGAACAAGCUGAGAGAGAACGUCAGGCUGAAGAGCAACGCCGAGAAGAAGAAGAAAGAGCAGGAAGAGAAGCCGACCGAGCACAGGCAAGGAUUGAGGUUGAAAAAAGGCGACAAGCUCUAUACCAUCUUAUAAGACAGGCUGUUCCGUCCGUUGAAAGUUUAUGGCACAUAGAACCGACUGUAUUCAAAGAAAAGGACAUGGUUCGAAUUUUCUACAACAGAAGCUCCCGCCCACUUGCUCAUGCUACUGAGAUUUGGUUGCAUGGAGGUUAUAAUAAAUGGACGGAUGGUCCCUCUAUUUCUGAAAGGCUUUCCCGUUCUGAUAAAAAGGAUGGUGAUUGGUGGUAUGCUGAUGGUAUGCGUUAAUAUAAAGUCAGUCUUAUGUUUAGAACAGUGAAAACUGAAAGCAUAUCCUUGUUAAAGAUUACGCCAUUGCUUUCUUUCUUUUCCUUAUUUCUUGAAGUAAAUUUGAUCAUGGCCCCUACAGCUAUGGUUAAAGAAAAAAACUCUUUAGACGAGUGAAAAGGUUUUAAUUUGUGGAAAAAAGUUCAGCAAACGUUCGCUUAACGCAAAUGAUAGGUGUAGAGGCCAUAGCAUGGGUGGGGAUUCAUUUUUUAGUUUAAACGAUUCAUUUUAUACUUUGAAAAAACUUUUUGUGUGCUUUCAUAAUGAAAAAUAUCCUCAUACGAGGAGAUACCUGUUCCGGGUAAGGGAUUCACAUUAAAUACCCUUUAAAAGGAGAUUUAGGUGAUUAGCAAAAUGGAGGUCUGUUAAUGGUCAUCGUUUUGGCAUGAAAACCUAGAAAAUUCGUUCUGGCGUUGCUCAAUUUUUUUCUCUUAGUUCAGUCAGUUCAGAAACGAAACCUGGAAUAAUCCAAGAUUAGAGCUCGUUUUUCUGAUCCACUGUGCCAUGAGAUAGAAACCACCACAGAUAUGUCACAAUGAAAAUAUUUUUUUUCUAUACUUGGUCGUAGUCAUUUGCCAAGAAAGAACCCAAGCUAAUAUUUUAUAAACAGUUAUAUGCAUGCUCGUCUUAUCAGAUUCGAGAUAAUUCUAGUUCGGUGUGCUAACUUUGCAUACCCUUUUAACAAGGAUACAAAUUUUUGGUAACACUAUUAUUUAUACCAUUUGCACUUGGUCUCUAAAGACGCCAUUGAGAACAUUACUGAUCUAUAGAUUAUCUCUGCCUGUACCCAGGCAAAGAUAGGGAAGCAAAAAUCACUGGACCAUCCGAUGAGAGCUUAUUUACUUGACAGUAAAAGUCAGAGUAGCUUCACAAAGCUAUGAUAGUAAGGAAAUGUCUACAUUAAUAUGAUAUUCUAAGUUAAGAGCCAAACGUCUGGAAAAUAUUAUUGGGUCUACAUUUAACUUUUAUUAAAGUUUGAGGUUUUGAGAUUGUUAUCAAGUUUUCUGAUAUCUAUUUUCUACUUCAGUUGCCUCAAAGUAAGAUUGGCUAGUUUUACCAUCUCUAGAUUCCUAAUACACUUGUUCUGUGUAGUUAUUGUUCCUGACAGAGCUCUUGUAAUGGAUUGGGUAUUUGCUGAUGGACCCCCGAAGAAUGCUAGGAUAUAUGAUAACAAUAACAACCAGGACUUCCAUGCAGUUGUUCCAAAUUGUAUCUCUGAAGAAAUAUUCUGGGCUGAUGAGGAAGAGUAUAUAUACGACAAGAUUCAAGAGGAAAGGAAAUUAAAAGUGGAGGCGGCUAAGAGUAAGGUCAGUAUGGGUGUGACGAUAUUGGCUUAUCUUCCCUGAAGUCACAGGAAGUUGUCUUUUCUUAUAACAUUUAUUGGUUUUACGAGUCUUACAAAACAUUUGUAAUUAUCUGUUUUAUCUCUUGUCUGAAUUUUCUGCAUCAUGCAACACCUAAACUGCUGGUUUCUUCGUCUCAUGAGGAUUCACGUUGAAACAGGCUGAAAAAGCUUUGUCCUUGAAAGCUGAAACAAAGGCGAAAACCAUGAAAAGUUUUCUAUUAUCACAAAAGCAUAUAGUUUAUACAGAGCCGCUUGAAGUGCAAGCAGGGAGAGAAGUUACAGUUUUUUACAACCCUUCCAAUACUGUCUUGAAUGGGAGACAUGAUAUUUGGCUCAGAUGCUCAUUUAACCGUUGGACUCAUCAUGCUGGUCCUUUACCUCCUCAGAGAAUGGCUUCAUCAGAACACGGUUCACAUGUCCAAGCAACUGGUAUGUCUACAUCACUGUAUCAUUUUUAAUGGAGAUAUCUGAAGUUAGAUCUUAAAAUAUAUGAUCAGCUUUAUGCCAGUAGAUGAGUUGUCUUUCUGCACUCUCCUACGUGAACCAAUACGUUGACAGUACAGACUUAUCAGGGUGAUGUUUUCACAUUGUUACUCUGACCUUGAACCCAGCAAGUGGAAGACAGUGAUCUGUCCAGAUACACCAGCAGACUGACAUAAGCUCGCCAUGUAUUGUUUCAAGCCAUGCCUAUUACUGGAACUUGGGUGAAUGCUAUGACUUCAUCCCUUGAGAUGGGUGUUAUGUAGAUGAUUUCAUCUUUGAAGUUCUUUGUGUAUCUCACUUCUGACAUUUAUCCCCCGUUCCCUGUCCUCUACGUCCCUCUCCAUCACCAAAAGUCUGCUAGUAAAGUCUUUCAGUGAAGUUAGAGCGUUCUAUUGUUCUUCUGACUAUUUUCAUGCUACGUUUGAGAAUUUUAUGUGCUGAAUGGCCUUUUUUUUCGACCCGAGGAGUUUUCUUAUUGAUGAUAGUCUUUCACUGUUCCAUACUUUAUUACUCAUCUCCUUCACAUCCACUUUUUUAUGUACUUUACUCCGACUAAUGGUACUUGCGUUUCUUUUGUAGUUAAGGUUCCAUUGGAUGCAUAUAUGAUGGACUUUGUAUUCUCCGAUAGAGAAGAUGGUGGAACAUUUGAUAACAGAAACCAAAUGGACUAUCACAUUCCUGUAACUGGAGGCCUUCAUAAGGAGCCUCCAAUGCAUAUUGUACAUAUUGCUGUCGAAAUGGCACCUAUCGCCAAGGUUAGCUUGAAUGUUUCCUGUAUAGCUAUAAUUGGUUUUCCCUAGCGAAUAAGCUCUAGACUCUGCACUGUUAGACUGCUCUAUGUGGUACUUUAUGAAGAAACUCUGCAGAGCUUUAGCCUCGUGAUUUAUUUCUCAUAUGAUUAUUGUACUGCAGGUGGGAGGGCUUGGUGAUGUUGUCACCAGUCUUUCACGUGCUGUUCAGGAUCUUGGGCACAAUGUUGAAAUUAUCCUUCCAAAAUAUGACUGCAUGAACCUUAGUAAUGUAAGUUUCUGGAAUUUUUUUGUAGACGUCUCUAUCAAAGAUCUUGAAUUGGUUACAGCCUAGUUUUAUGUUAUGAGGAUAUUUCUACUUAUUCCAGUGCUUAUUGUUCUUAUCUAAAUGAACUGUUUUAUUCAGGGGAAUGAUAAUAAGAUUUGAAGAUAUUCCUUAAUGAUUCAUUAUCCAUAAGAACCAAAUAAUAAUCUUCCUCAAAAAGUAUUUUCUCGUGGCCCUUCACUGAUGAUUGGAUUCUAGUUCUGUUUGGUGAUGAAUUCUCUCCUAACAUAACCUCAAUGGUCUGACAUAAUAUUUUCUGGAAAUAUUUGAGAAAUACUGUUUAGUAAACUCUUCUAGUAUCAUCUGCUGUAUGUCUAGGAUUCUGUAGCAUCAAGACUGAGUGCGAGAAGUGAAAUUUUGCAUGGGCUGCUUGGUUGAUCCUUUCUUGUGUGCUCAGUAAGUGGGUCAAAUUACUAGUAUCCAAUCCUGUUUCAAGAGAAAGACAUAGGAAUCGGCAGUUCCCCUUACGAGUCAAAUGAGAGGAAAGAUACAGGAAUUUGCAAUAGAGUACGGAUUCAGACCCGGCUCCCAGAUCAGAAGGGUUUGAUCUUGACGUGAUGCAUCUUUGUGAUGUAAAUGCAGUGGAAAAUUUUCUGAGUUUUUCUGUUAGAUUAAGCACUAUGAACUCUCCGCUUGAAAAAAUGAUAAUUGAUCGAGUAAGGUGAACCAAGAGAGAAUGGAUGAUAAUUGUAUGAACAUAUUUUCGUAAGAGGUCAAAAAUAUAAUAAUUUCUGAAUUUCCACUCAAUCCAUCACUUUUCUAGAUGUUUGACAUUAGUUGUUUUCUCAGGGUUGGAUGCAGGGUUAGUAGAGGUGGUGGAUGAGGAAAGGACAUUGGAUCCUUCUAUGGUUCUCCUUCCUCUAUUUUCCUUAUGGUGUCUAAGUGCUGCAUUUUUCCUCCACUUGCAUCAUCAAGCACAGUGAACAUUGAAAUUUUUUAGACAAAUGUUGUCAAACUUUCUCACGCCGGUCAGGAAUCAGUUUCUUUGAAAUUGGCUGAUCCGGCAGCACUUUUCUCAUAGAUUAUUUUUUCGACGAAAUUUCCCUCUCUCCCUCAUUCUCUCGAAUCUCUCUAUCUAUUCUUCUUUUGCAUCAUCUUUAAUUUUAUCAGUUUUGAGAAACCUCCAAGUUUUAGAACAAUAUUCGUAUCUUAAUUGCUAAUGGUAAGCAAGUGAAAGUUUAUGGACACAGGUUAUAGAAGCCCAGUAGUUUCUGGUAAAAGAUACGUUAGUUUUAUCCUGUACCUGGUGUGAAUGCUGGUCAUUUUUACUGAUACUAUUGUCCUUGUCCUCAACGAUACUGUCACAUUACUCGAUUAAUUUUUGUGUAGCUUUCGUUUCUGUGUCAUGUUGUUGUAACGGAAGUAAUGUGCUCUUGCCUGAGAUGCAGGUGAAAGAUUUUCAGUUCAGUCGAAGCUUUGCAUGGGGGGGAACGGAAAUAAAAAUGUGGUUCGGAAAAGUUGAAGGACUUUCUGUCUACUUUCUGGAGCCACAGAACAGGUAAUAAAACCUUCAUAUGAGUACACCUUCUAUUCCUUGCAUAUGGUUUUCUCAUUUUUGUAUACACACUAAACAUGAAUGAUCUGACAAUUCAAGCCAUAAAGCUGCUGGUAAUGGCGGUUUACAUUUUUUUAUGGAUUUUUUUCCUGGGUGCUUUUUGCUUCUGUUCCGCGUUUUACCUCUCAUACAGACUUAUCUACUAGAUGUUAAUCAUCUUCUUUUGCCAGAAAGACAUCUUGCAAAAAGAAAAUUUUGUACAAAGUUCCUGUACCAAUUUUAAUUUAACUUUGAUUUUCUAGACUGAUUUCCACUUAUGGGAAUUCUAGUCGAUGGCAUAAUACUAAGGCAUUCAGGCAGGGAUGGGCUACAGGAAAGAGCCACAAGCGAGAACAUGAUUCUUGUGGUAGUUGAGAAAUGGAGGCUAGGGGAAAGGGGAGAAGUUUCUUCUGUGUACCAAGUAUGAUGAUGACAUUACUUUGUUACCAUGGUAGAAGAGAAGAGAAGAUAAGGGGUUGUGUACUCAGGAGAUCCAAAUGUUGCUUAAAGUUUUUGAGGACAGUUUGCCUAUAAUCCUUAGGUUAUAAAAAGGCCAAAUGGCUCGUGGAAGGGAUAGAGAAGAUAAUCCUUCAUACUAUGAAGGUUUUGUUGAUGAGACAAGUGGCCUGCAGCGGAUAUAAGAUUUACAUGGUGAUAGAAAAUUGACUGAUUGUAACACAACCAUACCCAAAGGGAAUCGCCCGGAAUAAUUGGUGUCCUUGCCAUCUUUAGUCAAAUUUAUAUCUUCUGAUGUAAUUAUUUGGUCGAUUGUCCAAGAAGUGAUUGAGGAGCUGGGAUCGCCAGUGGAUACUCAUGGAUAAUAGAAAAAAUGAUUGUAUAGUCUAGUCCUACUCGAGACUCUGGGUCGUUUGGAAUGAUUGGAAGAGGUAGAUACUUAUACACCAGAUUUAUUUGGUAGAGAGGGCGGUCAGUUGUGUACGCUUUAAAUUGAAGCUGUGCGUUAGGAUAUUGAAAUAAGGAAGGGAUUUACCCCUCAAUCUUGAGCGCUUUGGGUUACUAAAGUGGUAUUGUGUAAAAUGGCAAAAUGUUGUAUGGGCUGUCUUUUUAGGAGUUAAUUGAUCAUAUGAUCUUGUGCUCCCCUUUUUUACAUUCAGUACAUGUGGCACUAUGGACUUAGUAUAUUUGGGCUACAUUGAUUGUUUCUGUGGUGGUUUGAAUUCCAAGCACGGGCUGGCCGCUCUAAGCUAUCCAAUCUGUUGUGCUCUGUACUUAUGUCAACAGCGAAAAGUUUCCCACCUUCAUCAAAAGGCCCGAAUGCUUAAUAAAUUAUCAGAGACACAGUUAACACUUCGAGGAACUGAAAUAGACAUUUGCCUGGCAUUCACCACUAGAUGCUUUACAGUUCUCUUGAUUGAACUCUAAUGUUGAAUUUAUCCAUGGCUAGAUACUAAAGAGGAAAUGAAGAAACCUUAUCGGGUUUCUGUGAAACCUUUGGGUCAAGCUUUGUCAGAUGCUCUGUAUUGCGAGUACUUUGUGCUUCCCUGUGAAUAUCUUCGUCUUUGAUUUCUUGUCAAUGUAUAUUUUGUGAUUUCAUUCCAUGCAGCAUGUUUUGGACUGGGUGCAUAUAUGGAGGGAGGAACGAUGCAGAAAGAUUUGGUUUCUUCUGUCAUGCUGCACUCGAAUUCCUCCUCCAGAGAGGAUCACAUCCUGUAAGUUUGACGCAUUAUUUUGUCAUUAUCUUUUUUUUCAAACGGUUUUCAUUAAUUGAUGUUAAUGACGGACAUGAACAACAUUUUUUAUGAUAGUUUUUCUCUGGUAGAUAACCAGAAAUGAAGAUGUGCUUUGUCCUGAAAAUGGUAUGUAAUCCCAAAAUGUUGGAAGUAGUUUGAGUAGGAAAGUUGCUUAUUUAACAUAUGAUGGCGGUUUGGAGUGGUGGCCUAGAGCUAUGAGGAGGAUACGAUUUACGCUAAUGGAAGAGCUCCGGGUCAUGUAUGGGUUGACCGUCAAUAUGUUUUCAUCCAGCUCAGACCUGGUGGAUAACUUAGGAAAGUUGUUGACUGCUCACUACAUCCUCUGUUGUUUUUCCAAUUUGUUUUUCAUUUUUCUCACAUGUCGCUUCCACAUGUGCAUCUUCAUGUAAUUUUCCUCCUCUCAGAGUCCAUUAUUUUUCUCCUUUUUGAUUACCAAAAUGUAAGAAGAGGCUAUGAUACCAUUUGUGCAAUUGCGAUCACUUAUGGCAGUUUGCAUUUGUGUGCUUUUAAAUGGUUAAAGAUGUUUUUCCUCCGAAUGUGAAUCCAUGUUCUGCUGAUGUGCAUUAUAGAUUAUUUGUUGUAUACUACAUUGUUGUAAUGCAUUUAGUUCAAUAUUAAGCAUUAUCUAGCGUGUAAUGUAUUUUUAUUUUUUCAUAUAGUAUGAAUCUAAUAUAUACAUAUAUCAAAAGUUGUUUACCCUUGUUGAACCAACAGUGUGCAUUAUACUUAUUCAUGCAAGUGUUCACCCGUCAAAAUCAUAGCUUGUUGUGCUAUGAUCGAAUUCCAAAAAAAUCUGAAGCAUUACCGUCUGUGGAUGUGAAUAUUUUCUAUGUACAGUAAUUCAUGUUAUUGCUUCAUCUCCCCCUCCUGGACUGUGCUUUUUCUGUUGACGGUGAUAACUUUUUAGAAGAGAAGAAUAUAAUGAGCGGAGAGAAAAAGAAUGUAGACAAUAUAUCUUUCCACCAGGUUUGGAAUAUCAAUUUCUCAGCUUCCAUCAUUUGCUCACCAUUGCAAUGCUCUGAAGAUCUCUUGCUUACAUUUCUGUGAACAGGACAUAUUACAUUGCCAUGAUUGGUCAAGUGCCCCUGUUGCGUGGCUAUUUAAAGAGCAUUAUAGGCAUUAUGGAUUGGGUUCUGCACGGAUUGUUUUCACGAUUCAUAAUCUUGAGUUUGGGGGGCAGUUCAUUGGAAAAGCAAUGGAACAUGCUGACAAAGCCACUACUGUUAGUUUUCCCCUUCGACUUUACAGAACCAGUAUUAUAUUCAAAGUUUUAUCUUAUAUCUAAUAUCCCCUUUUUUUGUAGGUUUCUCAUACCUACUCAAGAGAGGUUUCUGGAAAUCCAGUUAUAGCCCCACAUCUUCAUAAGUUCCAUGGAAUUCUAAACGGGAUUGAUCCUGAUAUUUGGGAUCCAUACAAUGACAACUUCAUCCCUGUAUGUAGUUCAAAUCAUGCAACGAGUCUUUCUGUGUUCUCAUUUAUUUUAUCAACAUGCAUGCUGAGACUGCCAAUAUUUUAGCUAUUCGGUAUUACAAUAGACUUAGUAUAGUCUAAUAUUGUAGUUUUAUCUCAGAACUUCUCUUUCUAGAGCAGUGUUAUUGAUGAUCUUCAUAGUUUUUCUUUCUCGUUGAUUGUGGUCUCAAUUUAACAAAUAAAUGAUGGCUGCGUAGCUGAAAUUCGAAGUCAUCGAAUUGAUCAAUUAUUUACAUCGAUCUGUAUUUGGUUUGUUUCUGCUUCAGAAGCCUUGGGCAGAUGCAUAUGGAUAUUGCUUGCAUAGAGACUUGCUACUGUGCAUUCCUGUUGUGGCACUUGUCUGAUUAGCAGAUGUGUUACCAACAACGUUUUUAACAAACUGUGAUUCAGCUGCAAAUAGAUGUACUGCAUAGCCUUUAAUAACAUCUUUAUUUUCCAAAUACCAUUGGUACUACGUCCAAGAGACUGAAGAAAUAAUAAAUUCCGAUAUUUUCUUGCUAAGAAUAUAGAUGAAAAUUUCCAUCUUAUUUGUGAAUCUUGUAGUUCAAAUUUUUUGUUGCGUUAAGAAAGGAUUGCAGUAAUUUUUCAAGGUGUCAUGCCAUCAUAAAAGAAUGCCAAAAUAGAGGACAAGGAAAAAAAUAGAAACGACACAACCACUGAAGGAAGACCGGAAAAGCAAAAAAAAAUAAAUCCGCUUAUCAUCUUCAACGUAGUAGAUAAAUAAAAGGAACAAAAUAGAACACAAUGUUUUUCGAAUUCUUAAUCCUUCAGUCUCUUCAGUUUCAUGCAUACGGUAUGACCAUCUUAAUCCUGCCUUGUAUGUUCUGAAAUUUUGUUAGAAUUUUUAGUAAUCUCUUUCUUGGUUGUCAAUAAGAGCUCUGGAAAUGUCGUUUCCAGUGGAUGAUGAGUAGGUACCCACCUUUAAAAUCAUUGGUUUAUUUCUGUAAUAGUUACAUGCAUGCCUUCAUGUAAUAAUUCUUUUUUUGAUCACAUGCAUGCCUUCAUGUCAAGAGUGAAGUUGGCUUUGAUUUCGUAGUUGAGUUAUUGAGCCAUCGAACUUGAAACCAAUUGAUGGUAAGUGAAGUAAACCCAUCUUUAAUGAUAGGCUUAUUUCUGAAAAAAAAAUCGCAAUACUAUUCUUAGAACCAUGAUCACUGGCCACAGGAUAUAAAAAAGUCCAAUCUUGCAAUACCUGAGUAUCUUACCUGAGAAUAUACUUUGUUGUGAAUAAUCUUUAACAGUACUCAUCUUUCCUUAUGUUAACGAUAAAGAAAAGUGCACAUGUUUAGAAUGAUUUUAUGUUGAUAGCGUAUGAUUUUUUUCUGAGUGCUCUCGUCAGAAUUUUAAGAUUAAAUUCUGAUAUACAAUUUUUCUAUUCCUACUGUCUUCUUUGCAUUGCUAUUUCUCAGUUUUUUGUAUCACUUUGAAUUAGACCUAACAUAACCAUGGACCUUUCCUAUCAGUGUGUAUAAUAUACUUUUGACAUUAUUUGCCCAUUACUAUUGAACUGUUUGUUCUAUCUGUGGCUUUCUGCGAACAAGACCUCAUUCUUUUAUGAAUUUAUUUCUCUAAGCGUUAUUCUCUUCAGACUAGGUGAUAGGAUUUAGUGGGGCUACAUCGUGGAUAGAUUUUCUGUUCUAGAUGACUGAAAAGUCAGUUCUAUAUCUGUCAUCCCAGGUACCUUAUACAGCAGAAAAUGUUGUGGAAGGUAAGAGGGCCGCAAAGGAGGCCUUGCAGCAGAGGCUUGGCCUGAGGAAAUCUGACUACCCCAUGGUAGGGAUCAUCACUCGAUUGACUGUUCAGAAGGGAAUUCACCUCAUCAAGCAUGCCAUUUUUCAAACCCUUGAUAAGAAUGGGCAGGUUAAGUUUCAUCUUAUGUUCUUGGAACCACUCUCAAGCCCUCUGCUACUUCUGAGUUCUAUCAUUUUGCCAAGUCUAAAGAAAAGUUUGACGUUCCAUUGCAGGUUGUCUUGCUGGGUUCAGCUCCAGAUCCUCGAAUACAGGGUGAUUUUACUAAUUUGGCCAAUCAGUUGCAUUCCUCACAUGCGGAUCGUGCUCGCCUUUGUUUGACCUACGACGAGCCUCUCUCCCACCUGGUAAGUGUUUGGUCCCAACUUCCUCAUUCUCUCUCUCAUGUGUUCCUUUCAGGAAAUUCUUCAUGGUCGGUGUGAACUGAUUUCUUUACUGCCCUUGGGUUUGCUAGAUAUAUGCCGGGUCAGAUUUUAUUCUCGUCCCUUCAAUAUUUGAGCCAUGUGGACUAACUCAGCUCAUAGCAAUGCGAUAUGGCUCCAUUCCUGUUGUUCGGAAAACUGGAGGUUGGUUCUUCUUCUUCUUUUUUUUCUUUCUAUUUCGCUACAUUUUUGCAUUUUAAAAUAACCGCUUGAACCCGUAAUUCUAGGAACUGAGAAGUAGAAUGCCCAUUCCUCUCUUUGAACCACUCUUAUUGGGAGAGAAGAGUGUGUUUGUGGUAGUGAGAUAGAUAGACAGGUAAAUAGAUAUAAACAGAGAGAGAGAGAGAGAGAGAGAGAGAGAGAGAGAGAGAGAGAGAGAGAUGAUAAUCUAUAUACAUUUAUAGAAUGAGUGAGACAGUUUUGCCUUUUGGCAAAUCCUCCUUUUGAACUCACCUCAAAUGUGCUUCACAUCUUGCCAUCAUUGUACCAUAUUCUGCAAUAAAAAGUAUGCUCACUGUUGUUGCGUGAAGACUUCCUAAUUGCUGCCCAACUUUUCUUGAGAGAGAAGAAGGCUGUCAGUGUGUGUGGAAGAGAGAGAGAGAGAGAGAGAGAGAGAGAGAGAGAGAGAACUCUAAAUGGUGCAAAAGGUAUAUAAUAUUGUGUUUUAAGAUUCAGUCAGGUAACCAGAUAUUUUUCUCUUAAUUCCAGGACUCUAUGACACCGUAUUUGAUGUCGAUAACGACAGAGAAAGAGCUCGGGCUCAAGGCCUGCAGCCCAAUGGUUUCAGCUUCGAUGGGACUGAUUCUGGGGGCGUAGAUUAUGCUCUCAACAGGUGAGUGGUAUUGGUUUACGAUCAAAUACCUCAUCCCUAGAUCAUACACUUGCAUAUUUCCCUGUCCAGUUCAAUUCAACUCACUUAAAAAAAAGAAGAAGAAAUUCCCGCUUUUGCCCAGAAGAAGAAGAGUAUUGCUCUCAACAGGCGAGUGGUAUUGGUUUAUGAUCAAAGAUCUCAUUCCUAGAUCAUACACUUGCAUGUUUCCAUGUACAGUUUAAUUUAGCUCAUUUGAAAAAGAAAAAAAAGAAGAAAUUCUGUUUUUGCCCUGAAGAGGAGUGUUCCUAUUUGGGGCAUUGGCUCAUGUCUUCCCUUCUUUGUUGGGAUGAACAGGGCUUUUGCCGCGUGGAACAAUGGCAGGGAUUGGUUCCACGGGCUGUGUCAGCAGGUGAUGGAGCAGGAUUGGUCAUGGAACCGGCCGGCACUGGACUACAUGGAGCUUUACCACUCCGCCCGCAAGUGA